AUGGAUGAUUUUGACUUAUUUUCAGCACAACCUUCAGCACAACCUUCAGCAAAACAGGAGAAUGACUUAUUCGGAUCAGAAAAUACCGGUGAAAAAACAAACAAUCAAAAUGAUGAUGCAUCAUGGAUUAUUGAAAAUAAUCCUAAUACAACAACAUCAUAUCAACCCGAUGUACUAGGUGAAGAUAAUUCAACCUCAACAGGAUUAAUUCAAUCUGAUGAUGUAUUGAAAAGUACAACACCAUCAACAUUCGACGAUAAUAUUUUUGAUAAUACAACACCAGCAGCAACCGAUAAUUUCCAGGAUAAUACAACAACACUCAAUGAUAAUUUCAUGGAUGAUAUAACAUCAUCACAAGCACCAACUGCAACCAACAAUAAUCUCUUGGAUAAUAGAACAACAUCACAAACACCAAUAACAUUCGAUAAUAAUGAUGAAUUUAAUAUCUCAUCAUCGACAAAUGAAGAUAUGUUUUCUAAUAAUUCAACAAACGAACAAGAUAAAUAUUCAACGAAUAUGUUUUCAACUGAGGUUACACCUUUACAAGCAAUAACAAAAAAACGUGAAGAAGAAAUUGCCGCAAAGGAUGCAGAAGAAAAACGAAAAAUUGAUGAAUUAAAACAACAAGCUAAAAGUGAUUUAGAACGUUGGUAUACUGAUCGAAAACGACAAAUGGAACAAAAACGGCAAACAAUGCAAAGUGAUGAAAAUGAUUUACGUACGAAAGCAUUAGAAAAAAGUACUAAAGAACAAUGUGAUUGGUCAAAAGUUGUACGUUUACUUGAAUUUACAGAUGGUACACAAUUAUCAAAAUCAAAACGAGAUGUAACUCGAAUGAAAUCCUGUAUGCUUACUGCUAAACGUAUGAAUGAUACUCAAAAACUAGCAAAUGGUGUCUAA